AUGGGAAAUACAAAGUCAUCGGAAGGCGUUGACGAUGUGUUACGGAAGCAAAAAAUCUCAGAGUCGAGACCAAAACUUUAUGAUUUAGUAGACGUUCACGGUGGUGGAGAUUUGAUACCAUGGAUGAGAUAUAUGAAACAUACUGGUGAUUCAUCAAUUAUUGACGAAUUUAUUGAAACUAAGCUGAAAGAUUUUAUGUACAAUUCUGGUAAGGGUAAAAUGGUAUCCGUUGCGGAAUUAGUAAAAAUUCGCAAUAAAGAACGAAAUGCAAUGCUUAGUGCAUUAAAACGAAAAAAAGGUAAAGGUAAAAGUGGUCCAAAUAUUCUCGAUGAAUUUCAACAAGAAGGUGAAAAUCAAGGUGAUUUGAAAAAAGCUUUGAAAUUAUUAGAAGGAGGCGGAAGAGGAGGAAAGGGUGAUUCUAAGUAUCGUGAAGUAACGUGGAAAUUGGAAGAACGUGGAUUAAUGGGCGAAAAUCUUGUUGGAAUUUGCCUUUUACAAGGAACAGCAAUUCAUAAUCAACUUGCAAUCAAAUUAAUUAAAGCUUAUCCAAAGCUUGUCAACGAUAUAUUUAUUAGCGAAGAUUACUACGGACUUUCUCCGCUGCAUCAAGCAAUUAUAAAUGAAGAUCCUGCAAUGGUAUUAUUUUUGCUUCAACAUGGUGCUGAUUCUAAUCAACGUUGUUAUGGAGCAUCUUUUUGUCCUGAUGACCAGAAAGCCAGCCGUACUGAUUCUUUGGAGCACGAAUUCGUCGAAAUGAAUUUGAAAACUACCUAUAAUUCUCGAAUGUAUUUUGGCGAAUAUCCGUUAUCAUUUGCUGCUUGCAUUAACCAAAAUGACUGUUACCGUAUAUUGUUAGCAAAUCAUGCUGAUCCAAAUCAGAAGGAUACAAAUGGUAACACUGUCCUUCAUCUUACUGUAAUCCACGACCAACUUGAUAUGUUGAAGCUGUGUUAUGAUACAGGUGCUAAACUGCAAGUAAUGAAUAAUCAAAAUUUAACACCACUGACAUUAGCAGCUCACUUGGGAAAAAAAGAAAUGUUUGAGCAAAUUCUAAAAUUAGAAGCAGAUGUUUUAUGGAUAUACGGCGAUGUGAGUAGCUAUGCCUAUCCACUGGCAGAAUUAGACACUAUUAAUCAAGAAACUGGAGAACUUAACGAAGAUAGUGCUUUAUCAUUGAUCGUUUACGGGGAAACAACUAAACAUUUGCAACUUCUUGAUGGCUUGGUAACUGAUCUUUUACAAGCAAAAUGGGAAGCAUUUGGGCGAGUAAGACUUGCGACUUCGUUUGGUUGCUAUUUAUUCUUUUAUAUUUGUAUUUUUACAGCAUUUAUGUGCCGACCAUUCUCGAUGACAACUAAAAUUAAAUUUCAGAAAAAUACUUUUCAGAAAUCGUUUCCCGCGAAAAUUGCUUACAAAAUAUCAUUUAUUUUGAUUAUUUUGGUAAUACCAUUUCGUAUUUUGUGCCCUUUCACACCAAUGAUGCUCUUUUUUGACAAUGCACUCACUCUUCUUAUCGUUCUAUUCACUGGCGUACAUUUUUUAUUUUAUUCAAGAGCUGUCAAAUUUAUUGGACCGUUUGUUUUAAUGAUAUACACAAUACUAUCACGUGACCUCAGCCGAUUUUUACUCAUUUAUUCAAUUUUUUUAAUCGGUUUCUCACAAUCAUUUUACAUCAUAUUUCUAUCAUGUGCACGUCAGAAAGCUAAAAAUGAUGUAAUUAAUAUGUCAAACGCUACUCACAUAAUGGACCAUCCAAUGGAAGCAACUUUACGAAUUUUUAUUAUGACUAUUGGGGAGUUUAUGGUUUUUUACCGGACAAUGGUCAAUUUAUGUGAAAGAAAGAUGAUGGUAUAUAUUGGGAAGGCUAUGUUUACUAUCUACCAAUUAUUCGUGAGUGUUAUGCAACUGAAUCUACUGAUUGCUAUGAUGGAACGAACGUAUGAUUUGAUUUCUCGAACGCAAACUGAAUGGAAACGACAGUGGGCCCAAGUUAUUCUUAUGAUAGAAUUAUCACUUAAACCAUCAGCACGCCUUUCCGCACUUCUCAAAUAUUCUAGACCGAUUGGUACUGAUAAACGAAAACGAGCAUUUGUAGUCGUCCGAAAAACAACGGUUUUUUUUUUGUCGCGAAUGAAUUUUAUAAUUUAUCAACAUUUCUCGAUAGUUAUUGAAGAAAAAAACAAUUUAUAUUCUUUAGAUAGAGCAGUAUAG